AUCUAUCAAGACCAAAGGCACGUGGCUUAUUGCCUUUCCAUCACGUAACUUGGUGACCACUUCUAGUCACCGACUGAUGUCUUUGUUUAAUAUUUUCUGGUUGCUAUAAAUAUGUACUCCCUCCCCUUAAGUUCAAUCAUAAUUAUCAAAGCUUUCUUCUUCAUUCUCUCAAACUCAUGUACUCUCUCUUUUCAGUAUAAUAAAUAUAUAAAAGUCAUUUGUUUCACUUGUAAAUCACAACACGUUAUCAGCACGACGAGCUCUCUUAUACCGACCGUUCUUAGACCAAACAAGCGAGGUAAUGAUAAUGGAAGGACAGAUUGAUCUUCGCUUGUAAGAAAAUAUAAAUAAAAAGAUCAGAAAAAGCCGCUUUUUUCUUAGCGGUAGGGUUCUUUUUUAUUUUAUUUUUCUGUAUUUUGUUUAUUUUUCUGUAUUUUGUUUUAUAUUUUGAUUUGCAGGGUUUCAAAUAGAGAGAGAGAGAGGAAGAUAAUAGAGUUUCUCUUGCCCACUAUCUCUCUCACUCUUCUCUCUCUUUCUACUUCUAGGUAUAUUGGAUUUUCUUCCUUCUUUUGUGUUCUUUUAAAAUUGAAUUUGUCGAGUUAUUGUUAAUGUUGUGUGUAGUAAUUUGUUGCUACUUCUAUUUUGUUUCAUCGAGAUGAGUUCUUGUUGAUUUAAAACAUGAACCGGAAAAGUGGAUAGAGGUUGUCUCUUGCGUUGAAGCCAAAGAAGGAUGUUCGAAUUUUUUUUGUAUAUAAGCUCAUUUCUUGUGUCAAGUGCAACAACAACAACAACAAGAGAAUAUGUCGAAUCUAACAUCAGCUUCUGGGGAUCAAACAAGUGUGUCUUCGGGAAAUAGAACUGAAGCAAGUGGUUCUAAUUACUUCCCUCAUCAUCAACAACAAGAACAACAACAGUUCUUUGUUCCUGAAUCUCAGCCUCAGAAGAAGAGGAGGAACCAACCAGGAAAUCCAGACCCGGAAUCAGAAGUGAUUUCUUUAUCACCAAAAACACUAAUGGCAACAAACAGAUUUGUUUGUGAGAUCUGCAACAAAGGAUUCCAAAGAGACCAGAAUCUACAGCUUCAUAAGAGAGGUCACAAUCUACCAUGGAAGCUGAAACAACGACCCAACAAAGAAGUGAUAAGGAAAAAAGUGUAUGUUUGUCCAGAAGCAAGCUGUGUACACCAUGACCCGUCUCGAGCUCUAGGUGACUUAACUGGAAUCAAGAAGCAUUUCUUCAGAAAGCAUGGAGAGAAGAAGUGGAAAUGUGACAAAUGUUCAAAGAAAUAUGCUGUUCAGUCAGAUUGCAAGGCCCAUUCUAAGACCUGUGGCACCAAAGAAUACAGAUGUGACUGUGGAACUAUCUUUUCUAGGAGGGAUAGUUUCAUAACUCAUAGAGCAUUUUGUGAAGCAUUGGGUAAAGAGACUGCACGAGAAGUUGUAAUACCACAAAACCAUAAUCAUCAACCAAACCCUAUUUUGAUUAGCCAAUCUACUUUUCAUCAUCAACAUGGUCGAGCACAACCAAACAUGAACGUCUCUUCCUCUUCCCACAACAUCAUCAAUAACCUUCACUUCCGAACCAACAACAAUGGCACUAACAAUAGUAACAGUAGCAGCAACCAUCUCCCUACAUUUCCAGUGAAGAAAGAGCAAGAACAAAGUAAUGAUCAUAUCAUUAGUUACCACCAACAAAGAAUCCCUCCUUGGCUUGCGCCUCAGCCGCAAGAUCUCACAUUUUCAAACCGUAACCCUAGUAACGGUGGAGGAGGUUUGUUCUCUCUUGCAGCUUCUCCAGCUAUGUCAGCCACCGCAUUGCUCCAGAAAGCAGCCCAAAUGGGUUCCACCAAGUCACCUCGUUUACCACCAACCACCGACUUCGAGAGAUCAGCUCAUCAUAACAACCUCAGCACGACAAUGGCGGCAAUGAUGACGUCCCCAUCUGGAUUCAUCAGCUCCAACAACAACAAUCAAGUUUUGUUUCAAGGCUACAACCCCUCCGUGUUUGAUCACCACGGUGGAGAAGAAGCCUUCGACGACACAUUCAGCGCGUUCUUGAGGACACCUGCUGAUACUACAACCGCAGGUUCAAACAAGAAGAAAAGCGGUGGAGGCGGUGGAGUAGGAGAAGGUUUGACGAGAGACUUCUUGGGGCUAAGACCGUUAAUGUUUCAUAACGAUAUUCUAAGUUUUGCUGGUCUCGGGAAUUGCAUCAGUGGCGCUGCUUCUGAUCAGCUUCAUCCAAAGCCUUGGCAGGGUUAGUUAGUUAGUUAGUUGCUAUGUUCAUAUACUUAUGAAUCUAUCGAUCUAAAUUUUUAUUAUUAACAUAUACUAUACACAUAUAGUUUUAUAUUUAUAUAGUCUCUUUUGUUUCCUUCUUUCGCUCUUUGUUUAUGAAUUUUGUACGCUGAAAGUUCACCAAAGGAGAAUUUAAAAUGAUUCACGUUUAUACAUGCAAAAGAAAUAUUUGAUUGAA